AUGGCCGACGAGGACAUGGAAACCGGCGAGCAGCAGAUCACCGCCACCCGGCAAAAGGGCCGUGGCCUCACCGAGAAGCGGACCCGCGAACGCAUCGUCUACGACUCGGUUGAAGGAGCGGAUACGGCAAUCGUUGGACCGGCCCGUUCCGUCGAGGGCUGGAUCGUGUUCGUCACCGGGCUACAAGAGGAAACCUCCGAAGAUGACGUGAACGAGGCGUUCGGCGAGCACGGCGACAUCCGCAACAUUCACCUGAACCUCGAUCGCCGCACCGGAUUCAACAAGGGAUACGCUCUCGUCGAAUACGACACCCAAAAGGAGGCCCAGGCAGCCAUCGACAACCUGAACGGACGCGAGGUGCUAGGACAAGUCAUCCAAGUCGACUGGUGCUUCGUCACGCCGCCCAAGACUAAGAAA